AUGCAAAUUCGAGGUGUUAUACUUGUCACAAUAGCUCUAUUUUUGGGCAUUGCUGCUUUAAUUCUUCAUUUAUUAGCUAUGUGUUCACCUCAUUGGAAAGUAACAGGACGAGAUCUUGAGCCAAAAAUGGCACCCGUUAGUUAUGGUCUAUGGCAACGAUGUGAAUAUUCGGAUAUUCCACUAACGAAACAAGGUGUUGCUUUUGGUACUCGACCAAAUGUUCAAAUAUGUUGGCCAAAUCGUUAUAUGAGAUAUUCACCGGAUAAAUUUGAUACAUGCUAUAGUAUUCGUCGAAAUUGUCCAGUUAUUGAAAAAAAUGACUUACCUGAAGGAUGUUCAUGUCGUUAUUUACCAUCAGCUAAAGCAUUACAAUGGUUAACAGUUUUAGCAGCUAUUUUUCUUGUAGUUGGUUUACUUUUACUUUAUUUAAAAACAAUAGCAUCACCACAAAAUGAUAGUGCGCUUCUUGUACUUGGUUAUGGACCGUUUAUUUGUUUUCUAUUAACAUUACUUUUAAUGGCAACUGGAUUAAUUCUUAUUGGUGCAUAUCUUCGACGAGAUAUAUAUGAAGAUUAUUCAUUUCCAUUAGAAAGUAUACUUAAUGAAACUCGAGCAUUACAAAGUUUUGAUUUACAUAGUCUUCGUAAUUAUGCUAAACAUCAUGAAAAAAUAUUUAGUCAUGAAAGUUAUCUUAAAGGUGAAGAGGAAUUAAUAAACGAUGCCAAUACACAUUUUCAUACAAAAAUUGGAUGGGCAGCUGGUUAUGAAAUAAUUGCAUUAGGAUUGAUGUUUAUUAUUACUGGAUUAUCAUUUUGGCUUGCUAUAAAAUCAAGAUCAGAAGAUAUUUAA